AUGAACCUAAGGAGAAGCUCAGGACGGAGGUUUAAACCCAACACUGCAGGUGUUGGAUUGUUUCUGGGAAUACUAUGUUUUAUUAUGUUGGUUGCGAUAUUAAUACUUGUCAUCCUCAAUUUCUCAGAAUUGUCCUCUCAUGACUCAUACCACCAAAGACCAGAGGAGGCAGACCGUCUGGAAUUUUUACAGCAACAGAUUAACAAUUUAACUGAAAAAACUGAAAAAACUAAAAACACAACAGCAGGCUUCUGCUCAUCAUCAGACUGGAUAGAGGUGAACAGAAAGUGCUUCUACAUCGCCCCCUUUGGAGUGACCAGAAGCUGGGAAAAGAGCAGGGAUGAUUGUAGAGAUCGCGGAGGCCGACUGGUGACCAUCCAAAACAGAGCUAAGCUUCUGCUUCUGGGCCGGUUCUAUAGGCGCGCCUGGAUUGGCCUUUCUGACAGGGGGAUAGAGGGCACGUGGGAGUGGGAGGAUGGGACUCCUUUGGUGGGACAGACCUCAUCAGAACUAUGGUGCAGUUUGGAGAGGAGGACAGAGAGGCAGAGUGGAGAGGAGCGAGAGCAGCAAGAGAUGUCCGAGCCAGCCACUAACCCCCCGGCCGCUGCUGCUGCUUCCACCGUGGCCGCCACCUCCUUCCCAGGGACCACACUUUCUCUGCCUUUGGGACUUGAGGUGUUUAGGACCUACUCCGGUGUGCUGAUAACUUUGGAAAUUGUGUUUGGAGGUCUGGUAUGGAUCUUGGUAGCCUCCUCAAACGUCCCAGUGCCUCUGCUUCAGGGCUGGGUCAUGUUUGUAUCCGUCACGGCCUUCUUCUUGUCUUCUGCCUAUCUCACCUUGCUCAUCACAGGCCUGGCUGACCGCAUCAACAUCGACUGGAACGUAAUAGACGUGCUUUACCAUUUUGUGGCUCUUCUCUUCUACUUUGCUGCAUUUGUGCUGGAGGCGGCGACCACAGCAGCCAACAAAGGCACACAGUUCAUAAGCAUGCCCAACGGCACGCAGGUCCUCAUGUGUAUUCCCUUUCCGGCUGGCAACGUCUUCACAAUUCUCAAUGGGCCUCAGUACAGCAUAAAUGUAGCAGCGACGAUAUUUUCAUUCUUUGUGACAUUGUGUUAUGGUUGUAGUAUGUUGAUGGGCUUCAAGAGGUGGAGAAUGUGA